AUGCGGAGAGCUCUGCGCCCGCAACUCGCGCUGUUCGCCGCCGCGAGCGUCCUGGUAACUUUGUACCUGUGUUCGCAAGAGCUGCCUCAGCCCGUCCCGCCCCCGCGGGGCAGCGCGGCCGCCCGGCCCCCGCCCGUCACGGUGCUGGUGUGGUGGCAGCCCUUCGGCGUCGCCGGCAACACCCGCGACUGCGAAGCCGUCCACAACGUCGCUGACUGCCGGAUCACGUCGGACCGGGAUCAGUACCGGCUUUCCCAGGCGGUGGUCAUGCACCACCGGGACAUAGAUUUGAGCGAACUGCCCGAGGGGAGACCUCCUUCGCAGAGGUGGAUUUGGAUGAACUUCGAGUCGCCCUCACACACCGCGAACGUCGAACGGCUCGACGGGAUGUUCAACUGGACCAUGACCUACAAACUCGAGUCGGACAUCUUCAUUCCCUACGGGUACUUCUACCGUCAGGAGAAGGGGGUCGCGAGGCUGGUGCUGCCCAGCAAAACCAAGCUGGUGGCCUGGGUCAUCAGCAACUGGAACGAAGACCACCGCCGCGUCCAGUAUUACCAUCGGCUCAGCAGCCAUUUGGACAUCGAGGUGUACGGCCAACACGGGAUGGACCUGAAAAACAACAGCGUGGUCGCCACCGUCUCGCAGUACAAGUUUUACUUGGCGUUCGAGAACUCGCAGCACAUCGAUUACAUCACCGAGAAAGUCUGGAGAAACGCCUUCCUCUCCAGCGCCGUGCCGGUGGUCCUGGGUCCCACCAGAGCCAACUACGAGAUCUUUCUGCCCCCUGACUCGUUCAUCCACGUGGACGAUUUCCCGACCCCCCGGAAGCUGGCCCGGUACCUGCUGUUCCUGGACAAGCACAGCCGGAGGUACCGGGAGUAUUUCGAUUGGAAAAAGCGCUACCGAGUGCAUGUGACGGCGUUUUGGGACGAGCACUACUGCAAGGUGUGCAAAGCCGUCAGGAGCGCCGGGGAUCAGCACAAGACUAUCUCGCACCUGGCGGAUUGGUUCCACCGUUGAGGUCGGCGGUGGAGGCUGGAGAAGAAGGAAGGGAACCCCCCCCCCCCCCCCCCCCCCCCCCCCCCACUCAUGGAUCAGUUUCGUGUCAUCUCUUGUUAAGCUUUCGGAGAGUUUCACGUUGGAUUGGAAGUCAUUAAGUUGGGUGCUCUCCAAGCAAAAAUCUGUCCUCAGAACGGGAUUGCAACAGUGCUGUUGUUUCCAGAUACUCAAAAGAAAGGACACCCCCCACCCCUCACCCACCCCCC